ACCCCACAGCCCAUACUGCCAAUACUCCCCAGGCAGAGCACACGCCAGGCUGUAAGCCUUGCAGCUUCUAAAGGCUCCCUGGCCUUCGAGUGCCAAAACCACAUGCUGCCUUGCAGCCAACCAUGGUAUCUACCCUGGAGAAAUUCAUUCAUUCUCUGGAUCCCAGAACCCUUCCAAGGGUCCUUGAAAUCCAGUCAGGCAUCUAUUUUGAAGGUUCCAUCUAUGAAAUGUUUGGAAAUGAAUGCAGCCUGUCAACAGGAGAAGUGAUUAAAGUUAUUGGCUUCAAAAUUAAUAAGCUCAUAGCAAGUAUCUGUGAGAAUAAUGAAGACAGCCAGUUUUCUGCCAAAGUGGAAUUACCACUAAAUUUUCCUGGUCUUUAUAAGAUUGUGGCAGACAAAACACCAUAUGUCAGCAUUGAAGAAAUUACAAGAAAAGUUGCUAUUGGGCCUACGAGAUUUGGCCAUCCAUGUUUCUAUAGCCCUGAGGAUAUAAAACUGGCAAAUGUCACAAUCAAACAAGGUGAGCAGAUCACCUUCAAUUCUGUGGAAGACAUCAAUGGAACAAUGGCUGUGAGCUGUGUUAUGGUCAGAAACAAUCGGUCUCAUUCCUUUAUUUUGCCCCUAUCACAACAAGGAAAAUUCUACGAGUGUGAAGAUGACCAGAUAUACACCCUAAAAGAGAUUGCAGAAUGGAAAAUCCCUAAGUGCAGAAGCCGGACUGUCAAACUUUCUAACACUUUACAUACGUGGGACUCCUCUAAUCCACUUCCUGAGAAUUUUGGUGGCUACUUGGUUCUCAUGCCUGUCUAUGAAGUGCAGGCAGUAAUGAAAUUUCGUAAGGAUGUAGUUCACAUCCUCUCUGAUCUAGAUGUUGAGGUCAAGGAUAUAACAGACUGUUACGAUACUAGCUCUUUCCUUCAGCCACUGUCUUUGGAAGACGUAUUCGAGAGAACAAGCAAGGAAUUUCCCAUGGUUGCUGAGAUAAUGGACGGACUUUUAGGAAGCCAGAAACCUUACAACUUAUUGCAUACGGGGAAAGAGAUUGUCAUCUACAAAAAGUAUCAGGCUACAAGAGUUAUAGCCUCUGAGAUCAGAAGUGAUUCCUCCAAAAGACAUUUUUUAAUCCCUAUGACCUAUAAAGGAAAGUUCAAGAGAAGACCUCGGGAGUUUCCAACUGCCUAUGACUUAGAGAUAGCAAGAAGUGAAAGGGAACAGCUUCAUGUUGUAGCAACUAAAGCCUUUGAUUCUCCUCAUACAGAGCUUUUUUCUGUUUCAGUUGGAGAUCAGUUUCUAGUUCAGCAGUGUCAGACUAGUGAAGUUCUAUGUGAGGGAAGAAAGAAAGUCAUAGAUGUUUUAGCUUGUGAACAAAUACUAAGUAAUGCGUACAAGAAAGUGCUCCUCCCUAUGUACAUGGAAGGUGGCUUUGUGGAAGUGAUUCAUGACAAGAAGCAGUACCAGCUUUCUGAGAUUUGCAAAGAAUUUCGUUUGCCUUUUAAUGUCAAAGUGUCUGUGAGGGAUCUUUCCAUGAAAGAAGAUGUCUUGGCUGCUGUGCCUGGUCUGCAGCUUGAAGAAGAAAUCACAGACUCUUAUUUGCUGAUCAGUAGCACCAGCAGUCCAAUGGAGAGCUGGGAAAUUCCUGUGUAUCGCUUAAACAUGUUGGUCCAUUUACUCAGCAAAGAUGUCCAGACAGUUGUACCUCCCAUGACUAGGACAACAGUGGAAGAGAUCAGUGAAGAGCAAUAUUAUAUGGUACGAAGAUAUGAAAACCAAACUGUACUGCCACCCCCUAGACCUCCCAAAAAGCCAGCAACACUUGUGCAACAACCUGUUUUUGCAGUUUCUGAGCAAGAUGUAUCUGGUGUACUACAGGCUCCAAAGAAUUUCUGUGUAGACACCAAGAAGAAAUUGUGCUCAAAUCAAGAUGCUGAUGUUUUGGUUAGUUGUCAAAAUGAUUUGGUGCAUCGUGACAAUGAGAAGGACGUGACUGGGAAAGCUACAUUAGUGGAAAACCGUGUGUUUAAAGGUCUAACAAAUAAGACACUUGAAAAGUGUGAAGGUCAAAAGGAACAGGAAGAAGAGCAUGACUAUGAAUAUGUGGAUGAAAACAUAAUUGAACACAUAAGGAAAGCAUUUCAAGACAGCAAAUUUUGCCAGUUGUAUCCUGGACUGCAUCAGAAGAAGCAUGGGCAGCGGGAUGAGGGAGGUGAUCCUGCCUCUCUGCUCUGCUCUGGUGAGACCUCACCUGGAGUACUGCAUCCAGAUACUGAGUCCUCAGCACAGGAGAGACACAGAUCUGUUGGAGCACGUCCAGAGGAGAGCCACAAAAAUGCUCCAAGGGAUGGAACAACUUUCCUACGAGGACAGGCUGAAAGAGCCAGGGCUGUUCGGCCAGGAGAAGAAAAGGCUCUGGAAAGACCUGAGAAUGGCCUUUCAGUAUCUAAAGGGGGGCUAUAAGAAAGAAGGAGUCAGACUCAUUUGUAGGGUCUGUUGUGAUAGGACAAGGGGAAAUGGUUUCAAACUAAAAGAGGGGAGAUUUAUACUGAAUAUAAGUUAAAAAUUAUAUAUACAGUAAGGGUAGUAACGCACUGAAAUGGGUUGCCCAGAGAUGUGGUGGAUGCUCUGUCCCUGGAGUCAGGCUGGACUGGUCUCUGAGCACCCUGAUCUAGCUGUGGGUGUCCCUGAACUUAGCAGGGGAGUUGGACUAGAGGACCUUUAAAGGUCCCUUCCAACUCAAAUGAUUCUACAAUUCCAAAUAAGGAUAGCCUCUGAAGAAAGAAUGCGGUUGUGCUCUCUCAUCACAUAUUGAUGCAAACAAAUGUGGUCAGAGUGAUUUUCAUGUUUUCCAGCGACCACUAUCCUUCACAAUGAGGAAAGGUUUUCUCUGGGAACUACCAUCAUUGAUUGGCACAUAAGUUCUGUGAAGAAUAUGGGAAAGGUACACCUGAGUUAGACACAACUACUUGUGACCCAGUGUUGCUCUUAACGAUGUCAUAUUUGUCAAGGCGGUACCACUAGUUGUUCUGGUAAUGUAAGUGUACAGGUGGAGCUAAAAUCUUAAUUAGACCAACAAUACAAAAAUACGUGAAAACACAGAGAGAAAAGCUUUGUAUCUGAAAGCUUGUCUAAUUUUUCUGAUUUGUACCACUUUGGUGUAACUGCAAUCUUUGUUCCCUUUUUAGAAGUGGGCACCUUCUAGCCAGUAAUUAAGAUCUGUCUCUUAAAAAGCUUCCAGAAAAUUAUUUGUGUUUCUACUAAUUUAUUGCAUUUCUGCUUUGUCAGCCUUUGGAAGACUUAAAGUACCAGUGAAGAGGACCUUUCCUUCUAAAAACUUUAAGUAUAAUUUCCAGCCAAACACAGAUCAACCCUUUUCCUAGAUCCCAAUGAAACUGCAUAGUACCAUUUUUGACUCAUACCCAAACCUUCUAUUAACUUUUCUUGACUUAGCUGAAUUGAUUUCUUAUUAAGAGAAAACGCAUGAAUCCCAGAAAAAACUUGACAUGUUUCAAUUAUUUAGAAUUUUUUUUUAAAUUAGAAAGUGGCUAUUUACUUCAAAAUGUACGUGUUAUUUUAAAAUGCCAUGCAACAUUUCUAUUGCAUCUGAGUUGGGCAGUAUACUGCACCUGAAAUACACUUUUUUUUUUUUUUUUCAAAUCCUCCAGAAACAUGUAGAAAACAUACAUCACCGAAUAUAUCUGUCUUCAAAUAUGACACAAAAACAAACAGAAACCCCCAGUUUCUCCAUCCAGGAGUCCUCAUAUAAGGGCUUGUUUCUCUUCCUUCCCACACAAAGUUCCCCUCUAAAUUCAGCACUAAGAGUCAACCAUUUCCCACCCUGAUCCCACCCUUUUACAGGGCAUUUAUGCUCUUCAUUAAUAUACUCCUUUAAUAUUUCUGUUAUAUAUGAGCUAUCAAAAUGAAAUCCAUUGAUUCAAAUCAUUGCAUAAAAUAGUUACUAGGAAAAAGAGUUUUAAAGAAAUACAAAAGCAAUCCUAAGUAGACAGGAAUGCUAUGAGAAAACCAGUAUUCAUUAUUUGAAGUUUUUCAUCAAUGCCAGAAAAAAAUCCUUCUAUAGUAAAGGAUGAAGUGUGCUAGAAUGGUACUAGUAAGAGCCAGCCCUCACUCAAAGCAAGAGGGAGUAAGUAAGAAGAUUUGCCUCGGGUCAUUGCUAUGUUAAUUUUGAUAGAAUAGAUGUGCCCAGGGGGUCAAUGAUGUUAACACAUCAUCACUACAGAACAGUAAGCAAUCAAGCAAGGGGCUUGACUACACAUGCCUUAGCUUGAUAUAGCAACAAUGGCCAUUAACUGUUUCAGGAUUUUGCUUUCUGGAUUUGAACUUCACAUGAGUGCUACUAAAGGAAUGGCUGCAGUUGACUAAGUCUGGGCACUUAUUCAAUGGGGAACAAAAAGUAGAAAAGAAAAGGAAAAUGCUGCAGAGGAUAAAAAAUCUACAGAUCUGUGUUUUCUUCCUGCCACAAACUAAACAUUUUAGGUGGCUUUGUUUGAACGAUUUUAUUAUUGUUUUAAACUUGUGCUUUUUUAAAAAGGGAUUGUAUGAAACAGACUGAGGUGAAACUUUUUACUUUGGUUAUACUGAGAGGUAGGUUCCUGUAUGAAGAAGACAUGUUGAAGACAGUGCUACAAAUGAAAACCAACAUUCCUGACCCCACCAAACCUCCAUUAAUCCUGUACUUACUAAAUACAUAUUAUGUAAUGAAGUGCUGUUUUCUUAAGACAUUUCUCUGGGCCUUUCACACCACUGCCCCUCCAAGCUAGCUGUUUCUUUCCUACUAUCCCUGGGUUGAGGCAAACUUUCCAGACUUGGGGACGUUGAAGAUAGAAAGACAAAUCUGUAACUGGAGUUGUAUGUUCUCAACACAUCUGAAAGUCUUCCUACUUUUAAGUAGUUUUCAAUAUUGGUUUGGGGACAUAUACUACUCUGUCAAUUUUCAUUGUUUGAUAAUUUCUCUACUGCGUAGUGUUUUCACUUUUCCUUAAUGUUCAAAUUAAAACUUCUUAUCCAAAGAAUAAUCAAUUGUGAUUACUGGAGGAAGGAAGGGUUGGCAGAUAGCAAACAGGGUGUUGCUCUGAGACCUGUUCAUCCAAUGCACACAGGCCUUGCUUACCACUCUCUGGGCCCAUAGCAUUCAAUAAAGCAUAUUGUUGUUAAAUGUUAACAGCAGGGUGGUGAGACACUGGAACAGUUUGACCAGAUAAGUUGUGGAUGUCCCAUCCAUAGAGGUGUUCAAGGAGAGAUUGGAUGUGGCUUUGGUCAACUUGGUCUUGUGGAAGAUGUCCCUGCCUGUGGUAGGGGACUUAAGGAUUCCUUCCAAUUCUGAUCACUCUUUGAUUCUGCAAUUCUCUGAUUACUUAGGUACUAAUUAACUUCCCUCCAGGCCUUCAGCUCUGUUAUCCCAUACUAGAGCACAGCUGCUGGCAGUAUCACAAUGAGGAUGAUAUGUCUGAUCCCGAAUUUCUCAGACCAGCAACAUCAUAUAGGCUUCAUAUGAUGUGCAGUAAUGAUGGAGACAUACUAGGAGAACUCUUUGGUGGAGUCACAUCCUAUAUGGACUAAAUGAGCUCUUUUGCCUGUAUAGGUCAAGUAUUUCCCUAAACUGCAUAAGCUGUGCUGGUAAAAGAAAAGUUUACUGGUUUGAGUUUCAUGUACUUAGACAAAGUUGCUGGCAUAGCUGUAUCAGAGUGCCAUGGUUUAAAGAGUUAAUCACACGACACUCCUCCCUCCCCUCAGGAGAAAGGGGUUGGAAAGGAAGAGGGAAAAAAAUUGAGAUAGGAGAAACUAAUUUAUUAAAAGGAUUGUGAGAUAAUACAGAAUAAUUAAGAGUAAUAAAUCAAAACAAUAAAAAAAAUAAAACCAAAUGAGAGACCUGAGUCAGCAGGCCCUCCAUGGCUUACCUCCUCAAAAAGACCAGAAAGCUCUUCCUCCAUCACGCAGAAUCAGAAAUCAUCUGGGGGCUCCUGGAAAAUGCAGUGCAUCCCAGUGCAUCUUCACCUUGGAGGAUCAGAACUCACAUGAGACUGCUAGAGAUAAACAGUAAACAUAGCUCCACAGUGCACUCCUCACCCAACAGUCUGUUGCAUGAUGUUAUGAUACAGAAUACUGAUAAAACCAGGACAUAGAGUCAUACAUUAGCUUUAAUUUUGCUGUAGUCUUGGGAUUACUGGUGUAAUUGUGCUGACAAACCAUUUUAUGGCACAAGCAAGCCCUAAUUCACAGCCAUUAAUUUGACUCAAGUGCUCAUUCACCUGCAUUCCCACAUAAUUUUUUAAAGCCAAAUGUGAAGGUUUCAUGUUUCACUCUAAUAUUUUGUUGUUUUCCAGAGACAUCUGAAGCAAAAUAAUUAUGAAAUUAACUGGAAAAAAUAGUAAGCUACAUCAUUCACAUAUUAAAAUCAACUGCAACAGUAAGAAAACCUGCAUAUAAAAGUGUUGUCCUUGUCUCAUGAAGAGCAUAUGAGGCUACAAUUUAACUGUAAGAAUCCACUGAGAAACUAAACAGCUUACUCAUCGUAAAUAAGAAUUCAAACCAGCUAAGGUCUCAUGACCCUUUGAAGGGACAAUGUUCUUCCUGUACCUAUUUAUUCAUGAAUUCACGUAGUCGUAUAAUGAUGUCAAGUCCAAUCCUCCAUUCCUAUUGCACCUGAAAUAACAGUUUAUUUUCUCAACCGCUGUAGGGCAUAUGCAAAAGGAAAAUUCCCCUUUUUUUUCUUUCUUUCUUUCUUUUAGUUUGGUUUGGUAAGAUUUUCUUUGAGAAAUGAGUAGUAGAGAGGGGAACAAAGGGUUAUGUAAGAUGAACUCCCAUUUCUUCACUCAGUCACAUAUGCUACAGGUUUAGGCCCAGAGCUACAACAAGCAGGACUUUGCCGCUGCUUCUGAUGUUGAGCAAUUCUUUGUUGCACAAGUGGUGCUGUUGUACCUCAAGUAAUUCACUGUGGAAAUCGGUGUCAUUCCUCCCAAGGGGAAGUGUUUCUCAGUAGGACUGAGGGUGUCUAAAUUAGGUAAUACUGCCAUUUCCACAUCCCCUUGCCCAGCUUUAGUUAGUCUCAUGGAAUCAUGGAAUCGCCAAAAGACCUUCAAGAUCAUCCAGUCCAAACUAUCACCAAUGUUUCCCACCAAACCAUGUGCCUCAGUACAACCUCUAAACUUUUCUUACAACACCUCUAUUUAUUUAUUUAGAACCACAUAGAGCUGUAAAUUUUUACAAUAUUUUCAGCAGCUUGCUGAAAACACAGCUGAUAAGGAAGGACAGAAGUUGGUGCUGAAGGAGCAAGGUGCCUCUCUGCUUCAAAUAUUGAUGGUCAGUACUGCUUCAGUGGACAGAGGGCACAGGAAGAGCAGCAGAACAUUUUAUUUGGAUUUGUUCUUUUUUAAAAAAUAAACAAAACAGCAAAACAGAACAACUGUUCACUUUGAAAGAUUUCCCUUUAAUUUACACUUCUGAAGACAAAAAUUAAGAGCCAAAUACUUACACAGUAUCUGAGAUUAAAAAAAAACCUUUACACCCUGUGGGUAUCAAGCAGCAGCAGUGAGGGCUUCUGAUAACACAGAUGAGCAUCCCAGUGCACUUGGCAGAGAGUGUGUAACCAGGGCUAGUGUUGGAGCUGCUGUAUUCCUGUCUGGGAUCCCUAUGCACAGUCAUGUAUGAACUGCGUGGGUACAAUGUUCUGAACAUCCUUGGUUGGCACUGAACCUAAUCCUCAUGUUCUGGCAGAGAACAGAAAUGUGGAUGUCUGCAGCCUGAGUCUGACGCCCACAAUCUCUGGGCAGUGUGUGUAUGGUGAGUGCUGUGUAUCCAGACUUGGUAGAUUGCGGAAAAGCACAUACACCUCUGGCAGUGCUUUAGCUCUCAGGGAGAAUUACUAAGAACUGAUGUGUAAACAUGCAGCUGACGUGCCAAGAGUUUCCAGACUCACAGCAGCUUGAUCAGACUGGUAUACCCAGAAAUGCCUGACAGCUGUGCACAACAGCCAAACUUCCCAGACAGGUUUGGGGUGGAGACAGGGAACACGUUCAGAAAGCCUACAUGUACCAUAUUUCUAGUGCUACUGAAGAGUUAAAAAGCAAACACUCACAAAAAAUGCCUUCAUAUACUUUAAAGAAGACUUUUCAAGAAGACAGCAUAGCAUCUUCAGACUUUCCUAUUAAAAUUCCACUGCAUAAUUAAUUUUCACUAAUGCAAAUUAAUCUAGAAUUUCUCAAUAUUGUCUUACAUUAAUUUAUUCAAGAUAAAUGUUCAUCCUCAUUAAAAUCAGUUACAAUUUAAGUAUUAAGUGUAUAGCUCAAAGUGCUUUGAUUCCAUGCAUAUGUAGCAUAUAGCAUUUAGCAUACCGUUUGUUAACAUGGGAGCUUGCAGGUGCGUACUGGCUGGCAAAUCGCUUGUGGGUGUUUGGAAUACAUUUCAAGUGUUUUGCACAAAAAUUUGUAUGUCUCCUUGCAGCAGUUCAGAGCAGCGCAGUUUGUUAUGCUAGCAAACGCAGACUGGUGUGGGAAUAAAAGGUAUUUGUUGCAUA